AUUAAUUGUACACUUUCUUGUAAUUCAAAGGAAUGGCACAAUCUAAACCCUUUGUUAUCAACGAUUACCCAGUCAUCAUUGGUAUUGAUUUUGGUACGACUUUUUCUGGUUGUUCUUAUGCCUUUAUCCAAAAUGACGAAGUAGUUGAUAUUGUACGCUGGCCCAAGCAGAACAACAAUGUGUAUCCCAAGACACCUACACUUAAUUUUUAUCAAGGAAACACCAAAGAGAUGACACAGUGGGGUAACGCAGCUCGUUUAGAAAUGCAAAGACCUACAGCUAGAAACUCAGUUUUACUCAAGCAAUACAAAUUAUAUUUGGAUGAAAAUAUCGCAAAGGAUUUACCACCUCUUCCCAAUGGUUUGACCAUUGUCGAAGCUAUCUCGGAUUAUCUCCGUGCUUUUCAUGAACACGUCGUAAGUGAAUUGAGAAAAGGGUUCGCAAAGAAUUAUGGUCAACAUCAAUUUAGAUAUUGUUUAACCGUACCUGCAAUGUGGUCUGACAAGGCUAAAAGUACCAUGCGUGAAGCGGCUCUCAUGGCUGGCUUGAUUCAAGAAGGUGAUCAUCGUGAUCGUCUCAUGCUUAUUUCUGAACCCGAAGCGGCUGCUCUUUAUUGUGAAAAGAAGUGCGAACAAUUCAACUUGAAGCACAAUGACAGAUUCAUGAUUUGUGAUGCCGGUGGUGGUACUGUUGAUUUAAUCGUGUUUGAGAUUGACGAACGCAGUGGUCGUAAAUUACGCGAAUGCACGAAAGGACAUGGUCAAUCGUGUGGUUCCGUUUUCCUCGAUCGUCGUAUGCGAAAGCUUUUGAAGCGAAAGUUUCGAGAGUAUUUAUCAUCCAUUCCCGCCUCCGCCUUUGAAACGAUGAUGGAUAAUUUUGUAGACUUGAUCAAACCCCAAUUCGAUGGUGUUGAAGAUCAAUUCAUCACUUUGCCUGCUUCCAUGAACCUGGCUUCCUUAAAUAAUCCUGCUAUCGGUCUCGAAGAUGGUAUGUUGUGUUUAACCGCUGCAGAGUUACAAAAGGAAGUGUUUGAACCCGUCAUUAAAGAAGUCAUCAAUUUGUGUGAGGAACAACUUCAGACAGCUCAAAGAUUACAAGCCAUUUUCCUGGUAGGUGGUUUCGGUUCUUCCAAUUAUUUAUUCGAUCGAGUUCAACAAGAGUUCGGUUCCCGUGUUGGCUUGGUUGCCGUACCUCCUCGUUGUGAAUUGGCCGUCGUACGUGGCGCGGUUUAUUUUGGUUUAAAUCCUAGAGUUGUCACUACACGUAUCCCAAGAUACUGGUAUGGUAUCGAUACUACCACUACAUUUGAGGAAGGCAUAGAUCCUCCAAGUUACAAGAUCAUUAGAGCAGAUGGUAGUAUUCGUUGUGACAAUAAAUUCUCGGUCUAUGUCAAGAGAGGGCAUCCACUUGACAUUGAUAACUGUGUAUCUAAAGACUUUUUUGCUUAUUACCCACAUCAUACAACAUGUACCCUCUAUUCCGCUGAUACAGAUGAACAACCUAUUUAUACCACAAGUCCCGGUGUACACAAAGUAGCCAACUUUACAAUCCCUAUGCCUGCUUUAACAGGUGUCAAGGAAGGUGAAAAGGUUGACUUGACCAUCAAAAUGUAUUUCGGUGAAGUAGAAUUAAAGGUCGAAGCUGUUAUUCGUGGCAAAACAUACGGCACCACUUGUACAUUUGAUACUGAUUAAAUCUAAUACUAAUUAUAAUAAUAUUAAAAAAAAAAUACCAUGAUCCAUUUUGUUAUA